AUGGAUAAUAUUACAAGUGAAAAUGGUACGAUCCUAAAUUAUAAAACGGGAUACGACCUACCCGUGUAUGGUUUAGCUAAUGGCACGUUUUAUUAUGUCCAUGUUCCCGCGCUCUUCUGCAUUUUCGGCAGCCUUUUGUGUGCAGUUGCUGUCCUAAUAUUAUCAUUUCGGUAUAAAAAUCAAAGCACAUUUUUUAGUUGGACUAAGAGUGAACGUUUUAUUGUCUAUCUAGCAAUUUGUGAUGGUGGAUUUAACGUGUUUCACAGUGCCGACCAUUUACAAUAUGUCAUUGGAAAGGACCAUGUUCGUCCAAAGGAGCUAUGUGAGUUUUACGGUGUAGCUCUAACUGAAUUUAUAACUGCCCAGAACUUGAUGGUGAAUAUUGUUGCCAUAAAUGCUUUUAUCAUGAUGUAUUUUAACAAAAACCUCGACUUUGGCAAAUACGACUGGAGGGUACUAGCAUGGACGUUUGGCUUGCCGUUUGUCGGCGGCAUGGCUGCUGCAGUUAGCGGGCAGCUGGGACCAAACGGAGUCUUUUGUCACUUUGAUGCAAUCAAGGGCGGUAUAUCUUACAUAUCAAUGACAACGGUUCCUCUUGUAAUCAUAUUCACGACUAACACCGUCCUGUACGUACUCACAUGGAGAAAGAUCAAACUGCAUACAUCUCGUAUGUCACGAGCGUUAAAGAAUGCCAAUAUUGAAGAUAAAUCGCAUUGCGCUGCAAGAAACAUGUCAAUGUUUGUUAGCGCAUUUUUCAUUCAGUGGUGGGCGGCUGUAGUUUUCAGCGUGUGGCAGCUGGCCGAACCACGUGUUCCACAACCGUUGAUGCAUGUUACAACAAUUUUCAGUAACCUUGGCGGAUGUUUGAACCUGGGAAUCUAUAUAAUAAUAAGGCGUAGGACAAUCAGUGGAAGAAACAGGGACAUGAGGCAAGACACCAACCAGAUGAACAGCAAAUCGUCUAGCAUGGACUGUUCCAGCCAUGCUGAAGAGUUGUGUAAUAUGUAAUGUUCGUACUCAUUAUGUGUACACGAAUGUGCUUUGUAACACCUGUGUUUUUUCACAGAUUCAGGGCACAUGCCAAGCCAAUGCAUUAUUAAAUUCCUAUGUUUCCAUGUCCGGGCGAAGCUUUAUUUCGGAGUAUGGCUUAUCAGUUCAAUACUCUGUUACAACAAGUAUAUUAUAUUCAGUCUAACAGAAUCUUUAUUUAGAAAAUUUUAGCAAGACAAACAUUGAUGUCUAAGAGGUUAGAUAACUUUGUUAGUACAAAAAUAUUUGAUAUUCCGUCAAAACAUUGAAAAGAUAUAAAAUGAAUAGGAACAUUUGCGUCAACGUGUAAGAUGAAACGAUAUUUCACCCCAUUACAUAGGAUUUUACUUUUACUAGCUGUUGUUAUUUCUCUUAAAUAUUUGUAACACUUGAUAUCAGAUUUCUUAUGUAAUAGUUUAAACUACGGCUGGCUUCUGAAGCAGUCAUCACGAAAGAACCCUGUUGGGCACAAAGAGUUAGGAAAUCUCAUAGGUUUUAUUGCUUUAUCACAUGCUAGUAAUACGGAAUAGUGUAACAUUUUUGGAAACCGCAUGACAAGCAAAUCUUAAGAUGCAUUGUUGGGCUAUUUUGUGUUAGUGUAAAAUUAAUCCUCUUCAUUGCACUUAACUCUCAAGACUGAAUAUGUCAAACUCUUUUUAAAUGACUGUUGUAACGACACCUCGGUAGAGAGUAAAUUAAAUAUUAUUUCCAUCAACACCAAAACUAUUCCACAUGUCUCACGAUAGAAGUGUAUUCCCUUCAUGGCUGUUUCCGAACAUAUUCCUACGACUACCAGAAUCAUACGAAUAAUGUGCGAUGCUUCCACACACCUACGCAAAAGGUCAGAGACAGUACAUGGAACUAAUGGAACUGAGAAUAAGGUAAUCGUUUACCUGGGAACAAGGUAAUAUUUGUCCGUUCUGAUUGAUCAGUAAAACACAAGUAAUGAUUUUUUUGCCAAAAUUGAUUUUAAUGCAUUUUACAGCACUUUAUUAUACAUUUAAAAAAAUUACUUCGUUUGGUUUGCAUUGAAAAUAAGUUUUACAAAAUGGUUUUCUCCCGCCGUGCCAACGAGACGGAAAGGGUGAAUCUCAUUCGUGAGAAAUAUACUCAAAUAAAGAAUCACUUUUCACUAAGACAGUUCUUCAAAGAAAUCAGAUAUGAUUGGAAUUACAUAUUUCGAUUUAUAGAAGGCCAUACACGCCAUAAUGUAAUAAUCGAAGUCUAUGGGAUAACAAUGCUGGUCUCUAACCAAAACAAACACAUUUUUCAUGAA